GGGGUAGAGAUUUGCAUUCAGGAUGGUGAUUAUGGACGUAGACAAUGCCGUGGAUGUGGAGAUUAAUGUUUCCGCCUCAGCAUCGGCGCCCGUAAAGGAGAUGAGCGAGCUGCGGUACUCGCGCUUGAUUCACACGCUAGGGAGAGACGCGGUGAAUGCGUUGAGUCAGGCCCGUGUGUUGGUGUUGGGGUGUAAGGGAUCGGGUGUUGAGGUAGCGAAGAAUUUGGUCUUGUCCGGGGUGCAAGGGUUAGGGUUAGUGGAUGACGAGGUGGUCGUGUUGGCUGACCUCGGGGCGCAUUUCCUCUUGAGCGAGGGGGAUGUGGGGCGCAAUCGGGCGGUCGCUACCGCUCAGAAAUUGAAGGAGAUGUACCCUAGUGUAAACAUUGUCACGCUGUCGAGCGUAUCGGUGGAGAGCGCGCUGGGCAGCUAUGGCUGUGUGGUGGCCACAAGUGGGUUUUAUCCCGACCUGAUUCGUUUGAACUCUUUAUGCCGCUCCUUGGGCGUGCCAUUUGUGGCGGCGAGUUGUCGUGGAGUGUUCACCUUCGUGUUCUCAGAUUUUGGUGACAAUUUCUCCGUUUUGGACGAAACUGGAGAGCUUGCCGGGGCAGUAUUGGUCGAAGGUAUUACGCAGGAUUUUCCUGCUACUGUCACCGUGGUGGAAGAACAACGACACGGGUUAGAAAAUGGCGAUGAGGUUGUUUUGAGUGGCAUCAAGGGCAUGGAAGAGUUGAAUCGUGACACUCCUUAUUCAGUGACUGUCACCGGUGUGCAUUCCUUCACAAUACAGGAAGAUACACGUUCGUACGAGCGCUAUGUGUCCGGUGGAUAUUUCAGCAAGCUGAAGAAAUCUAAGAACAUGGAGUUUCUUUCCUUGGAGAAAGCUCUUCUGUCUCCUAAAUUCUGCAUCAGUGAUCCGGUGAAAGAGCCUCAAGUUAUGUCCUUGCAUGUUGGCUUUCAAGCCGUAGACGAGUUUGAGAGACGUCAUGCCUCGGAUACUUUAUCACCGUCCAGGUCAACUGCCAUAAACCCUGAACAAUUUCAGGAGGUCGUUGUGCUUGCCCAAGAAAUAUGGUCGAAUUUGCAGGCAUUGCAUGUUGAGAAGGGAACCAGUAGCGGUAGUUAUGCAAUGGAAGCCACAUCUGAUGAGAGAGGAGAGGAGCUGUCAAAUGAGGCUCUGUUGAAAGCUAAUGGUGAGAGGGACAGACCAUAUGAGGAUAGAGCUGGGUCCAGUAGUAGUGGAGGUUCAACUUCCAUUGCGGGAUUACCAUCAAGGUCACAUGGUAAUAGGUUUGAGGUAAAUAAGGAUAUAGUUCGAAUGAUUGCGAUAGGAGCAUACAAUUGUUACGUAUUUAUAAACUACUUAACAAAACUCUACGAAGGUAUUAUUUCCUCUAGCGCACCCAAUCGAUCAUUUGUUGUAUUAUUGAAUGUGCACUCCACCAUAUGUGGUUCUAAUUGCAAAUUUUCUUCUUCCUCCUCCAAUCUUUCCAUUGACUCCUCCUCAACUGGUUAGAGAGAUUUUCAUUAU